AUGAACGGAAUUUCAACGAGCCUGCUUGCUGGAACGUCGGAGCCCUGCGUGCACCUGUUCAUGGACGCGAGCGACUCUGUCCUUGCGGUGCUCUAUCCAGCGAUUCGCGAGUACAUUCGGGUGCGGUUUGACUCCGCCGAAACUCAAGCUCUCCGCGCGACCACAGAGUUCAGCAUCAACACGCGCGAGCUGCUCAGCGCCGUGCUCGCCGUCCUGGUGUGGGGGCCUAUGUGGAAGCGUGUGCCGGCCGAUAUCAAGCGCCCUAUUCACGUUCGGUGCUGGAUCGACAAUUUAUCUGCUACGGCGUGGAUCGCCCGUCAUCGAGCAUGCCACCCGGCGGGACAGGAACUGCUCCGUGUACUCUCCUGCGCAGAGGUUGAAUUUGGGCUGCACGUUUCCGCUGCUCACAUCCCCGGGGCGCGGAACACGCUUGCCGACAUGGGGUCUCGAGCUUGGUCCAGCACAGGACUUCGUGAUUGGUCUAACAAGAUGUCGUCGUGGUGCGAGCAGGUCGUACCCCCGCGUUUUCGCAAGAUUUACAACGGGACUUGGUCUUCCUACAAUGGAGGUCACUCGCCGACACAUCACGACGACACGUGGCGCCGCUGGAUCGCCUUCUGCGCGCGGGCCCGACUGCCCCGCUGGCUUUCCCCCGACGACCUCAACGGACAAUCCCUACAACUUGUUGUUUUCGCAAUUAGCUGCUGGAACAAGCGCAACGCGGCAGCCCCUCUCCGUUUUGGUACCAUUCGGGCUCUCAUCAGCCAUAUCCAAUGGUGUCAUCAGCUCGCCGUCGGCUUCCGUCCACGUCUCCAGCGACAACACGAGCUCGUCUUACAAGGGAUGCGUCGGCUCAGCCCGCCUCGCAACCACCACGGAGCCGUCUCCGUCGACAUGCUUCGGACCAUCGCCUCCUCCGCGAACAUGCCCCGGUUUGCCCACGCGGCAUUGCUGCUGCUACGAAAUGCUGCCACUCUCAACCUGCCCAAGGACGCACCUCUCUGUUCAACUAGCCGCAGCAAGACCCUGUCAGCCGAAACUAUGACAGUCGUGCUCCGAAGAGCAGCUACACGAUGCCAUGUGGACCCGCAGCACAUAUCGGCGCACUCGCUACGAGCAGGAGGUGCUACCGCGCUUCAUGGUGCUGGGGUUGACACGGGCACCAUCCGAAUGCACGGAAGAUGGGCUUCAGACGCGUAUCGUGCCUACAUUCACGAAGCACCCGCCGACCAGCUUCAACUUUCACGACACAUGGGGUCUCAGCGCCACUCGUAG